UAGAAGUUGCAGAUAAUAUCAAAAGUCAAGACGUAAAUUAAAAGUCAAAAGAGAUGGGUUUUCCAAUUCUGUAUCGGUUGGAAGGCGAAGUACAACCACAGCAAUUGGAACUUGGAAGCACCAAAUUUGUGGAGUCCAUCACAUUUUGGUUUUAAUUAUAUGAUGCCAAGUCGAUGAGAUCUCUAGGCCGUGGUUUAUUCACAACCAUGUGGGUUACCACUUCCCCUCAAACCUUCCUUCCAACCAAUACAACCCCAGUUUCAUAUUCACCUUUCAUUUCCUUUCCGAAACUUCCACAACCACCGCCGAAAUCCCUUUCCACCGCCCAGUUACGCCGGAGAAACCAAAACCCCGCAAUCCUCGCCACCGCCUCCCCACAGGACGUUGGUGGGCUGGGCCAAGCAGUACUCAGCACCAUCAACUCCGGCCCAUCAACGGGUUCGAAUCCAACCCAACAACAAGAAAAGCCCAACAAAGGGAAUGAGAUAAGCGGGUCGGAUAUUUUGAAGGCUUUGCAGAAAGCAAGCGUCAAAAAAGCAAACACUAAGAAGCAGCAGAAGAAAAAAGGGUCCGGUGAAAUGAAGAAAGCAGAGAAGAAUGGGAAAAAAGAAGUAAUCGAUUACGAUAAGGUCCGACCCGUAUCCAUCAAGAGUGAUUGGGCUACCCGAUUGGUUGAAUUGGAGAAACGUCUUCAAGAAUUCUCUAAUCUCUGAAACUGCUGCGUGAGUUUCUUCUUCCUAUUUUGCCCUUCACUUUAUUCAUUUACACAAUGGAUAAUAGUUAGGAGUAUAUGUAUAUCUGUAUAUGCAAUAUAAUUAGCUGUUCUUGCAGUGUAAUUUCUUGUACAUAUAUAUGACCACAUGUAUGUCUAGUCGAGCAUUUUAUAAAAUAUUCAUAAAUACGGAGUAAUCAUUUAUAUAAUGUACAGUAAAGUUUAUGUGGAA